GUCUAUUUAAAAACAAAUUUAUCUAAAUAGACUAUGAAGCUUAAAAAAAUAAAUACUCUUAAGACAGAUACUGAUUUACCAACCAUCAACUUACAAUCCUCGACAUAAAGUUCCAAACCUAUGAAAUUACCCUUUCUAUUAUUGUCCCCUGCUCCUUAAAGGAGAAAUAAUCUCUCAUUUCAUUAGCAUCCCAAAAAGAUUUCCCCAGACUCGAAUUCCUCAUAAAACUUCAAAUCCUUUAGAGGAAGAAGUAUCACUCUAAAUAGAAAAAACUUAUCCUAAUUUAUUGUAUAUUCGAAUUUUAUUUAAGUAACCCAUCCCUUUACAGUCAUUAUAACGUUAACAUCCGACUCAUAAAUCCAAGUUCGAAGAAUAGUUAGAAAAAAAUAAAUCAGACAAUCAUCAAAAUAGAGAUUACUAUCAAGAACAAGUAUAAACUGAAAAAAAUUACAUUCACUCUCAAAAUAAUAGAAAAGUAUAGUAAGGUUAAUGCAAAUUAAAUGAAAACAAAACAAAAUCAAAAGUUGGAUAAUAAUAAGCAAAAUAACACCAAGCUAAGAAAGAGUAAACUUAUAAGAAAUACUCAUUUUAAUGCUUUUAAAAAAUUAUUCCAAAAUAUCACUAAGAAUAUACUAAACAACUGAUUAAGUAAUAACCUAAAUUUUUAGAAUUUGGCAAUUGCCAUUACUAUGAUAACUCACAAAAAUGGAUUACUGAUUAUGAAAUAGUUUUAAAUAUGAGUGGUAAAUAUGUCAUUUAAUGAUAGAAAUAUAAGAAAUGAAUGAAGAUGUUCUUUCUUCAAAAGCAUAAAGUACUUUUUUUAAUAAAUUCAUAUGA